AUGGGGCCCAUCGAUAUUGACGAUCUGGGGUUCACCCUAAGCCACGAACACGUGGGCACCAACGCUGCCGGCCUGCGCCAUACCUAUCCUGAAUUCAUCGACCGCGACGGCAUCCGUGAGCAGUCCAUCGCAGCGAUGCGGGCCGUACACGCCGAUGGCGUCCGCACGAUAGUGGACGUGAGCACGUUCGACCUGGGGCGGGAUGUGCAGUUGAUGCGGGAAGUUGCGCUGGGGAGCGGGAUGCACAUCAUCGCGGCGACGGGCAACCAUCUCGCGGUCCCGCGUCCCUUCGGCGAUGUGUCACCGGAUGUCAUCGCCGAGAUGUACGUGCGAGAGAUCGAAGAGGGGAUCGAGGGAACCGGAAUCAAAGCCGGCAUCAUCAAGGUGGCCAGCGACGAGGGCGGCAUAACUCCGCCUCAGGAGGUGGUGCUGCGGGCUGCCGCGCGCACCCAGAAGGCUACGGGCGCUCCCAUCUCAACACACACCUGGUCCCCCGAGCGGAUCGGCGCGGCGCAGGUCGCCAUCCUCGAGGAAGAGGGCGUUGACCUGAACCGCGUGUACAUUGGGCACAGCAACGACGACACUGACCUAGAGUACCUGCUGGGGCUGCUGAACAAGGGCGUGUGGCUGGGUUUGGACCGCUAUCCCGGUGGACUGCGCCCGGGAACGCCGAACUGGGAGCAGCGGACGGAAGUUGCCAAAGCGUUGAUGGAUGCCGGUUUCACCCACCGCAUUUUUCUCUCCCACGACUAUUCCGUGCCCAAGGCGCGUCAUGGCGCUGAGGUGCAGGAGCAGCGGCAACGGGCCAACCCGGACGGCUACAACUUCAUCCCCCGUUACGUGCUGCCCCGGCUGAAGGAAAUGGGAGCGUCGGACGCGGACAUUCACCAGAUCACCGUGGAAAAUCCCCGACGCUUUUUCGCCGGCGAGUAA